GCGUCAGUAGUGGUCAGUAGUCAGUAGUGGAUUCGCUGCCGAGCCGAGUAGUUGUGGAGAUUUUUUUUCUUCUUCUUCUCUCACGCAACCACUUUGAUUUUCCUCGUUCCGCCCUGACACGCGGCAACUAAACUUUUCCGUCUCUCAAAUUACGUUUCCGCUUUCAGUUGAUCCAGCAAUACAUCCGACGCGGUGCCAGCAUUCGUUUUGCCAUUAACGCUGCAAGAGAUUUACUGAAAACAAUGCCGUGUCCUUUCCUGACUCGUCUCUCCGCGAAUUACGUUCGCAACUACGGGUCAUCUCUGAUCACGAACUAUCGGCAGCACUGCCCGGUAAUGUCAAAACUGUUCAGCACGAUGGCAGAGUCGGAGGAGUCCCAGCCGAUUCCCGAGGCCAUACCGAAUCAGUGUCCAUUCCUGUCCAGAGAGCGGGAUGCCAUCAAGAAGGCCAGCCCAGCGAUGGAGGAGGACGUUAUCAAUCUGGGUGCUGUGGAACAGCAACAGCAGCAGCAGAAGGAGGACCCGACGGUGCAAUUUCCCUACGAGGAAUUUUUCCAUAAGCAAAUCGUGAAAAAGAAGAAAGAUCACUCGUACCGGGUGUUCAAGAAGGUGAAUCGCCUGGCCGAGGACUUCCCGGUGGCUAUGGAAUACUCGUGGGGUGAGAGAGCCAUCACUGUGUGGUGUUCCAACGAUUACCUGGGGAUGUCGCGUCAUCCAGCCGUGACCAACGCAGUCCGGGAGGCAUUGGACAAGUUUGGUGCUGGUGCCGGGGGCACGAGGAACAUUUCAGGGAACUCGAUGGGCCACGAGAGGCUGGAAAGGCGGAUGGCGCUGCUGCAUCAGAAGGAGGCUGGGCUGCUUUUCACCUCUUGCUUCGUCGCCAACGAUUCUACUCUGUUUACGCUGGCGCGAAUUCUACCGGGCUGCCAUGUGUUCUCUGAUGCUGGGAAUCACGCCUCCAUGAUACAGGGCAUAAGGAACAGCGGUGUGCCGAAGCACAUAUUCCGGCAUAACGACGUGGCGCAUCUGGAGGAGCUGCUAUCGAAGGUGGACAAAGGCGUGCCAAAGAUUGUCGCGUUUGAAACGGUGCAUUCGAUGACCGGUGACAUCUGCCCGCUGGAGGAGCUGUGCGACGUCGCGCACAAGUAUGGCGCGAUAACGUUCGUCGACGAGGUCCACGCGGUUGGCCUGUAUGGCUUCUCCGGCGCUGGCAUUGGCGAGAGGGAUUGGGUGCUCCACAAGAUGGACAUUAUAUCCGGCACCUUGGGAAAGGCCUUUGGCAACGUCGGCGGCUACAUCGUCGGCUCCGCGAAACUGAUAGAUAUGAUAAGAAGCUACGCGGCCGGCUUUAUUUUUACCACCUCGCUGCCACCCACUGUGCUCUACGGGGCCUUGACAUCCGUCGAGAUUUUGGCAUCGGACGAGGGUAGGUCGUUGAGGGCGAACCAUCAGAAAAAUGUGGCCUAUAUGAAAUCUAUUCUUACUGCCGCCGGUCUUCCGUUAGAACCGUCAUCCUCUCACAUCAUUCCGAUAAAGAUAGGAGAUCCAUUUGUGUGUAGCCAAAUAGCGGAUCAUUUAUUAAGGGACAAAGGGCACUACGUGCAGGCUAUAAAUUAUCCUACCGUUCCGAAGGGCGAGGAGAAAUUAAGAUUAGCCCCAACACCGAAGCACACUCAGCUCAUGAUGGAUAACUUCACGCGGGACAUGCUCGACGUUUUUCAUCAAUUAAAUAUAUCUAAGUUAGCUGCCAAACCAGACGACAUACCACGUGCUAUCCUGGUUCAUUGACGAAUGUAUAUAUAAUGAUAUACAAAUAGCUCGUACAGCACAGACCUUCUAAAGACAAACAGGAGACGAUCUUAGCCCUGCGUAAAACGUCGAUUGAAAAAAAAAUAUUGACAUUUUGUCAAAAAGCAAAAUUCAGAAGAAUUCAGAAGAUAUUCAAAAGAUAUUUAAUUGAUCAUCUGAAUACUUUUUGAAUUCUUCGCAUUCAAAGUAUUGGCCACGAUCCAAUCCGAGAUUUUUGCAAAGCAGAAUUCACGAUAAAUCUCGUGAAUGCGAAACACUAUUUUUUAAUAAGACAUUUUAUGCAGAGAGCACAUCUUUGAAUGUCCUAAGGCCGUACUCGAGGAAAUCCAUCAGAUAAAGUGUGCUGUAUAGAGAUUAUCGUACAAAACAAGACCUAUCAGAGUGUAUAGGUAUUACAUUUAUUUAUUUAGCCUAUUUAUCCAUUGUAUUCCAAUAAUAUUUUGAAUUAUGAAUAUAAUAUAAUCUAUAAAUUCUGCUACAUUAAAGUUACUAAUUAUAUCAGUGUUAACAAUUAACAGAGGUUUAAAUAAAGUUGGAAAGUAUGAAACCUAUA